AUGGCUCGAAUUCGAUCCCGAAAAGAGGCUCCUGGUUAUAGCUCCGAGUCCGAGGACGAACAACCUACAAGAUCACAUAGAUCGCAUAAGUCGUCCAGAUCGAAGAGAUAUUCAUCAUAUUCGGACUCUGGGAAUGAAGAGCCGGGCAGAUCCGGGAGAUCCUCGCAGUCUCGCAAGGACCUCGACGCUUUCGGCUAUAGCUCCUCAUCCGAUUCAGGGGAUGACUGCUACCGUAAGUCCAGCAAGAAGAAGAAUAACAACAAUCAGAAUCAGAAGAAGAAGAAGAAGAAGAGGAGGCCCAGUCCCCAACGUAGCAUCAAUAAGAUAUGGCAUCACUUGUCGGCCAAGAGGUUUACAAAGGCGCUUGCGAUCCUGCCGUUCGAUCCCGUGCCUUUGCCAAGCAACCAGGAUCGGCCAAAUGAGCUGCUGAGCGCCGGCUACAAUCGUGCUGUCGAAGAGUGUCGGCGCAAAGUGAAGAAGAUCAUUCAAGAAUGCAAAAGGGUGAACACAAGAUAUAGAGACCCUGGUUGGGAUAUCGACUGGGAUUUGAAAAUGGGCAAGGGCAACUGUCUCAACUACCUGAGUUCCAAGAAAUUUGAUCUCUCCGGGCCGCGCCUGAGCACCAGCACUGCUGUUCCCAAGGCUAUCAAAAGGGUUCACGAGAUUUUUGAAGCCCCGACCUUCAUGGAAAACCUUGACGCAGGCGACGUGAAGCAGGGCCAUAUUGGAAACUGCUGGCUGAUUGCCAGUCUCAGUGCACUGGCAAAUGUCGAGGACGGCAUCAAGAAGAUGUGUGUCGAAUAUGACACGCGCAUUGGCAUCUACGGCUUUGUCUUCUACCGAGAUGGCGAGUGGGUUUACUCAAUUAUUGAUGACAAGCUGUAUCUCACUUCACCGAAUUGGGACUCGCCUAGUCUGCAACGCGACCUUCUAAACCAGAUUGACCGUGAAAGCCAAGAUGCUGAGCAGACCUACCGUAAAACCUAUCAGACUGGGUCCAAAGCACUCUUCUUUGGCUCAAACUUGGAGUCAAAUGAGACCUGGGUACCAUUGCUCGAGAAGGCUUUGGCCAAGGUGCAUGGUGAUUACUCUUCACUCAUUGGUGGUUGGAUUGGCGAAGGCCUUGAAGACCUCAGUGGUGGUGUCACGACCGAGCUUCUAGGCAGCGAUAUUCUUGACCUGGAAAGCUUUUGGGACGACGAGGUGAGCAAGGUCAACAAGGAGUUCAUGUUCGGCUGCUCCACUGGACUCUUGGAUGGCGGCUAUGGUGAAAGGAGUGGAAUUCGUGAGGGACAUGCUUACGUGAUGAUGGACGCAAGGACACUGAAGAGUGGUGAGCGUCUUGUCAAACUGCGGAAUCCCUGGGGAAAAUUGAAGAAGGGCAUCUGGGAUGGUCCUUGGAGUGAUGGCUCCAAGGAAUGGACCAGCGCAGCUAAGGAAGAGCUGGGUCAUAAUUUCGGCAAUGACUCAGUCUUCUGGAUACGUUAUGAGGAUAUGCUUCGUAAAUUCCAGCACUUCGACCGCACCCGUCUCUUCCGCAGCCCGGACUGGCGAUGCUGUCAGCGCUGGAUUGGAGUUGAGGUGCCCUGGAAACCUCAAUACAAUGAGAAGUUUCACUUCGCCCUGACAAAAGAGUCCCCCUUGGUCCUUGUGCUCUCACAACUCGAUAAUAGAUAUUAUAAGGGACUCCAUGGGCAAUACAGGUUCUACCUACACUUCCGCAUCCAUGAGCAGGGUAAGCCCGGCGCAGAGGAUUAUAUUGUCCGAUCACACGGGAACUAUCUUAUGGAUCGUUCAGUAUCAAUUGAACUGCCCUGCAUGGAGCCAGGCAAGUACUCAGUCUUUGUCAGUGUGGUUGGUGUAAGAGACACAAGAUAUUCUACCGUCGAAGAAGUUGUCAAGCGUGAGUGCAAGAAGCGGGAGGAUCAUGAAAAGCUUGCUUCUGUUGGUAAUGCUUAUGACCUCGCCCAUGCUAAAGGUGUUGCACAUCUUGAGCAGGUUGCUAAGCUCCGAAAAGAUUCGGAUGCUAAAAAGGCGAGCGAGUCACGACAAGGUGAGCGUCGCAGGCUGUGGGAGAAGCGUCAUCUCAACCGCGGAGCCACCAAACAACAGCAGAAGAAGAACCAGGCUAAGCAUGAGCGAAAUAGCGAGGUGCGUAAAGCCGAGCGUAAGAAGAAAGAGGAUGAUGAAGCUGCCGAACGCAAGGUCAAAGAGGAAGCCGAGGCUGAUGAGGGCAAAAAGAAAGAAGAGGCCGAGGAGAUCGAGCUCAAGAAGAAAGAGGCGGAGACGCCUAAAGACAAAGCGGUUCAGACAGACGAGACAGUAUUCAAGGACAAGAAACGUGAUUCCACUGUCAACUAUGACAACAAGCCUGACUCUCUUCCAGCUCAGGAUGAGACUGGAGGGCCGAAGAAAGAUGCUGUAGACAAAGCUGUCGAGAAGGAUUUCGAAGCCAAGUCUACACCAUCACCUCCUGCAGAUAACAAGAAAGACUACUCUUCAGAGGCUGACUCUUCCGACAGUCCUGUUGAAGAUUGGGAGGAUCUCUACAGCAGUGAUGAUAUGUCGAAGAAGCCUCGAAUGCCACCACCGCCGCCUGCUCCUGCUACCACCGACAAGACGGUCGAGACAGACGAGGAGGCCGGACUUCCAGAUCCAUGGAAUGCGAUUUGUAUUCUGGGCUUCCGCGUAUAUUCCAAAGACGAGAACUUAGAUCUCCGUGUCGUGAUCGAGGGCGGGGAACUUGCGGAAGGUGGUAUGGGCGAGAAGGGCGCUCAAGAUAUUGACAAUGCUCAAAUGAACGCCGCUGGCGAGCGUGAGAAAACCGCCGAGAAUGACAAGCCCCAGGACGAGGUUGAAAUCAUUGGUGGUGAGGCUGUCGUUAAACAAAAGAUCCAGCCCAAUGGUAGCAGCGAAGAGGCAAAAUCGACCUCCAAAACAACAGAAAUCAAGGUGGACAAUGGCAAGUCCGCAGAUCCGGAUGAUGACGAUGACAAUCACUCUGUCAUCUCGCUGGAGUCAACACCGAUUCCUACACCAGAUGAGGAGGUUGAUGAUCCAACAAACAACUGCACACCUCAGAGAGUCACCUAA